AUGGGAUUGACAACUCUACAGCCACUGGCCUAUGCUGUCGCAUACAUCACCUUCUUUCUUGGUACUUCCUCUAUAUUCCUUCGCUUCUACUGCCGGCACAUUGUCCUGCGAACUUGGGGGUGGGACGACAAUUUCGCGAUCCUGAUCUUGCUAUUCAGUAUUGGCCAACAAGUUGUCUUGCAUAUGUUCAUAUAUUGGGGAUGUGGACUACACAUGGAAACUUUGAGCGGUGUUCAGCAGCUCGAGAUCGUCAAAUGGCUAUUUAUCGAAGAAGUGGUUUAUUACUCAGUUCACUGGGUGAUCAAAUCGGCCUUCCUCCUCUUUUACCUCCGUCUCUCCCCAAGCAAAACCUUUUGGACUGCCGUAUACGUUGGCGGAAUUCUGAACUUUGCCAUUUUGAUUAUCAAUAUCAUGUUGGCAUGCUUCCAAUGUAUCCCAUUUGAUGAGAUUCUUCAUCCGGGUACGCAUCCCGAUGCUAUCUGUAUCAGCACACUUGUCCUUCUCAUAGGGCCGUCCGUGCUCAAUAUCUUAGAAGAUUUCUACAUCCUCAUACUCCCCAUACACACAGUCUUGAAACUUCAAAUGUCGGUUCGGCGCAAAGCUGCAGUGCUAGGUGUCAUGGCCUUUGGCAGCAGUUCCGUCAUCAUUGCGUGUUUCCGACUCAUACCUCUCAUGGAGCUGAACAACUCGCCGGAUACAUCAUGGGUGCUUGGAAAGAUGGUCAUCGUAGCCGCUCUGGAGAUACAGUUCGCCGUCAUCGCCGUCAACUUGCCAAGUCUCAAAGCACUUUGGGCUCGAGUAGCGGGCGGACUUUCAUACGGAUCAGGAGCAGGGGAGCGGGGUAGUUCAAAUAAGAAAGGAUACAAGCUCUCGUCACUUGGCCAGAAUAUAACAAUCGGUUCGGAAGGAAAAGGACCGAGUGGGUCAAAGUGGGGGAAGAGGCCCCAUAGGGGAAGUAUAACACGGCUGGAGCAAGGAGUCACGGCUACCGAGUCGGAAGAGGAGUUGUGGCGACAGGGUAAUACACCAUCACGGACGCUGCACUCGGCCCAAGAUGGUGAACUCGGUGCCAUCAAGGUUACAAAAGAUUAUGAUGUGAAGAGCACAAAGGUUGGAGAUGAUGCUACCUCGGACUAUUUCCUUAAGGGAGUUCACCGCCCCCAAAUGUCUCUUCUCGAAACCACCGCGUUAUGGCUCCGAGCAGCGCUGCUCCGACUGGCCUUUACGGUGUCACGCUUCGAAGCUGAGACUCUCCAUAUGCCAACGCUCCUACGGUUUUUUACAGAAGGAACAGGAGAGCAAGAACUCCAUCUGCAGGCUUUUAUGUUCGCCGUUGCCCCGUUGCACGCCUUCCUCACGAUGCCGGUGCUCGAAACCCUUUUUGGCCAGCGCACCUUCCGGUCAUGGACUGGCUACCUACUUCGGUGCCUGUACUGGUACUUCUAUUUCUUGAGCAUGUUCUGGACGGUCGGAAUUGUCAGUCGUUUGUGGUCAUCUCCUGCAGACACGUCGGUGUUCUUGCGAGUUCUUGGUCGCUGGUAA